AUGUCUCUAGCACUAUGUCUCUAGCACCAAUGUCUCUAGCACUAUGUCUCUAGCACUAUGUCUCUAGCACCAAUGUCUCUAUACCAUGUUAAAGUCUAUUCUCAAAUCUCUCUAGCCUACGAUCAUCCACAAUUCUCCAGCAAACGGCGGUGCAUCACCUAUCGCCGGCACUACCACCAUUUCUACCAAUACCUACCUUAUUUACUUCAGAACCCCGUCAAUGCACUUCGCAGCCUCUCAUCACCAGUCACGUGCGGCCCAUACUAUUUCUCGACGCGCUCACCACCUCGCCUGUUAGCCGAUACUGUCACCACCAGAGAGAACACUGGCCAGGCCCAUCCAUGGCUCCAGAGCCCGCCUGGCCAGGUGGCCCUAGCCAAUCGCUCUCUGCGCCAGCCAAUAACUGGCAUCCGUACCGCAAAAUCCUCCCUGCUGCCCCUGACACCACCUUUACUGGACCCCCUCCUCUCCCUCGUACCGCCAGUCUGCCGCCAGCGUACUGAGGUAUAGUCCCCCCAUCGUCUCCCGCCUCGCUAGCCUCGCACGGGCUCCCGCUACGAAUUCCCGAGAGCUAUUGUUCGCGUCGCCCUAUUGUUACCAGUGACGCCUC